CACUCAAAGGCCUGCAAAGAAUAGCACACACAGCUGAAAGGAAACUCAGAGGAGGGAAACUCAGAGGAAAGUGGCCAUGGACCUAAUCCCAAGCUUUUCCACGGAAACCUGGGUUCUCCUGGCUACCAUCCUGGUGCUUCUCUAUAUAUAUGGGACUUAUUCACAUGGAUUUUUUAAGAAGCUGGGGAUUCCUGGGCCAACACCUCUGCCUUAUUUUGGAAAUAUUCUGUCCUACCGAAAGGGUAUUUGGGAUUUUGACAAUAAAUGUUUUAAAAAGUAUGGGAAAAUGUGGGGGUUUUUUGAUGGUCAACAGCCUGUGUUGGCUAUCACAGAUCCAGACAUGAUCAAAACAGUGCUAGUGAAAGAAUGUUAUUCUGUCUUCACAAACCGGCGGGUUUGUGUAACUACCUCCAUCAAUAUACAGAACUGUUCCAUCACCAUAAGGCUCCCUCCUACUAUUCUUUUAUAG